AUGAGCGACCUGGAUGACGCAGGGGCGCGCUUUGCAAUGAAGUUUCAGAAAAGUAACUUAAAUACAGAUCUCCUCGAGGAAGAUGAACCGGCAGAUUCACCGUGGGAGUGCCCUCCUGAUGAGCUGUACCCAAGCAAACACUUCUCUGGGGGCCUAGAGAGUGUCCUGUCAGGCAGUGAGGAGGACAUCCACCUGCAGUCAGUCAAUAUGUUCAUUGAACAGAUGAAAAGCUCCUCUGAGGGAGUGAAAUCAGCCAAGCAAGGCCAAAAAGCUGAUAACACGGACUGUUUCACUCUGUCUGACUUGGGCUCCUGCAUUCAAACAGAGGAGAAAAAACUGGAUCAAGCGUGUAAGGACGUGCAAUCUACCAUCCCAGAAUUUGACACUGACACAUUGUUCUACACAGAAGAGGUCACUUCUGAGCUGAGUAUACAGACUGCUGUUGCCAAUCCAAAUUUGGACGCCCCUCUGCUUCCUCUCAAACAGUCAGACAUGUGCCUUAUUUGUAUCGCGUUUGCCUCUUGGGUACUGAAGACCGCUAACCCACAAGUGGGAGAUGCCUGGAAGGCGGUUCUUCUGGCAAACGUAAGUGCUCUGUCAGCUAUCUGGUAUCUGCGUAAGUACGUCAAAGUAGAGACUUCAGCCGGUGAGAAGAAACCUAACCUCAAGACUCUCAGUCCAUCCUGA